AAGGGAAAGGAAUAGAGACUUUUAAGCAGAUAUUCUGAGAGAAACAGCAGUGGACCGGGAAAUACAAGAAAGAUUGUCAGGAGUAGCCAAAGAUUUGAAGAUAGGCUGUCAUCAGAUACCACAGAGAAGUUCUCCAGUGUGCUGGUGGAAGCAAUUUCUUCUUUCUUUAAAGAGAAAAGCUAGGUUGUUUUAUAGUUGAAUGUCCAUGAAAAGAGCUGUCUGCCAGUUUUUCCUUUUAACUCUGCUCUUCAAAUUGUUGUAGCACAGAUAAAAUUGUAAACUCCUUGAAUUCAAGACACUUGGCUUUAGUUUUUAUGUCUACUCUAAUACGCAUCCCUAAUAUUUACCUAUGUCCUACCUUGCCAAGGGAGCAUAAUAGUUAUGCAGUAAAUAGAGAAUGAGUAAUUUUACAGCAUUCUCAGAUUCAGGAGACUCUCCUAUAAGAAAAUAUAUUUCACAAUCAAAUAUUCUGUUUCCUGAGCUUGAUUUUCUUUAUUAUUUUGUGGUUUCUUUUCAGUGAACAAAUUGAGCUUGGAACACAUAAAAUAAAAUGUUUCCUACAGUUCUAGUCCAUAAAACAAUCCAAAUUAUGUUACCCUGUUUAAAUUUCCUUUAAAAAUACAUGUGAUAUAAUGGCAUGUUAAGUAAUGACAAUACAAUUUAGUCAUCUUAUUCCCCAUGUCUGUCUUGCCUUUACCAUUUUGUUUUCCACCUUUGAGACUUCACUUCUCUAGCUGUAUCACUGGGGUUUGACAAUCAUAUAUACUGAAUUUAUUUACAUGCAUACAUGCAAAAUGAAAUGGCAAAUCUGAGUAGCUUUCCCAUAACCCUGCUCUAUUAAUAUCUCAAAAAUCACCAGAUGCUCUUAUUCCAGAGCAUGUUGAGGACUAGCUGGGGUGUUAAGUCUGACCUCUGCAUGUUCUAUAAGGGAUUGCUCAGUCCUCUUACAUUCCAGUAGUUUAAGUAUAGAUUUUCUGGCAGUGAUCUUGCCUUUUAUAAUGUGCUUAGAUGGAAUCAGUGAAACAAAUGUUCCUUUUAUUUCCCUGAAUGGGGUUAUUGUAGAGAAAUAAGAAGAAGUCAUAAAUAAGGGUGCAAAGUUCCCUUUAUCCCCAAAACACAAAUAGUCACAUUUGAGAGCUGGAACAUAUUUGCUUCAGCCUUUGUGAUAAGAAGAAGAAUGGGAAAAGCGGCGAGUAAGAUGGAAGAUGAGGAGGUCGCUGAGAGCUGGGAGGAGGCGGCAGACAGCGGGGAAAUAGACAGACGGUUGGAAAAAAAACUGAAGAUCACACAAAAGGAGAGCAGGAAAUCCAAAUCUCCUCCCAAAGUGCCCAUUGUGAUUCAGGACGAUAGCCUUCCCACGGGGCCCCCUCCACAGAUCCGCAUCCUCAAGAGGCCCACCAGCAACGGUGUGGUCAGCAGCCCCAACUCCACCAGCAGGCCAGCCCUUCCUGUCAAGUCCCUAGCACAGCGGGAGGCAGAGUACGCUGAGGCCCGGAAGUGGAUCCUGGGCAGUGCCAGCCCUGAGGAGGAGCAGGAGAAACCCAUCCUCGACAGGCCAACCAGGAUCUCCCAGCCAGAAGAAAGCAGGCAGCCCAAUAAUGUGAUCAGACAGCCUUUGGGUCCUGAUGGGUCACAAGGCUUCAAACAGCGCAGAUAAAUGCAGGCAAGAAAGGAUGCCGCCGCUGCCGCCGUCACCGCCUCCUGGGUCGUCCGCCACGGGUUGCACUGCCGUGGCAGACAGCUGGACUUGAGCAGAGGGAACGACCUGACUUACUUGCACUGUGAUCCCCCUUGCUCCGCCCACUGUGACCUUGAACCCCAUGCAUUGUGACCUCCCCUCUUCUCCCUUCUUCCCACUGUGAUUGGCAUGUCGACAAGGGCUGUCCCAAGUCAAUGGAAAGGGAAAGGGUGGGAAUUAGGGGAUGGUUGGGGGGACCCACCAAGGACUCAGAGUAGAGAGUCAGACAGUGCCACUUGGCCACUUGGGGUAAAGCCAGUGCCAGCAAUAACAGUUUAUCAUGCUCAUUAAUUUGGGAUUUCAAAACACAAAUGAGAACUCCCACCCACCCACCCCCAAGUGCAUGUCUUCAUCACUUAAAAAGUAAGUUCCAUUUGAAAUAUCCUUUCUUUUUUUUUUUUUUUUCCUAUUUUUGUUUGUUUAUACAAAUAUCUGAUUUGCAAGAAAAAGCGCAUGGGAGGGAUUUUAGCAGUUUAAUGAAUUUUUAAUUGAGAAAAGGUAGUUUGGUAGUCUACUUAAAAAAUGUUUCUGGGACGUUCACUAGAAACAUUAACCAAUAGGAUUUUGGUGAGCUUAGCUUCUGUAUUCCUACUGCCGCCCAGAAAAGGGGCAGGGCUCUGCAGCCCCCAGGACAGAUGAGCACCCCAUGCCUAUACCUCCCUCCCCCAGCUAAGUCCCAGGGCAUCUUGGCCUUGCCUGGAGACUGGGCUAGCUCUGUAGGCUCAGAGAGCCUGGGGAGGGUGCCAACCCCACCUCUAGUAUUUUGGGAGAUAGGGAAAGUGAACAGACUUCCCCUUCCCAUAUCCCUCAGGGUGGUUCCCUACCAGCCAGGCUUGCUACUUCUAGAAGAAGGCAGGUAGCAUCAGGGAGUGAGACUGCACUCCUGAAUUUAGAAGUAAAGGACUCGGAGACUUGUUCAGUAUUUUGCUGACUGGGGAGAGUCUGGCUCCAGGACCCUGAGCCUUCUGCCUAAUGUGGUCAAAAGGUGACUAGAUCUUCCCACUCCAGCAAGGCUUGAACUCGUAAGGAUCUGCGGUGCUCCAUCUCUGUUAAUGGCCCUAGCUCAGUAGCUUUACUUGGUACAUUUCCUGUGUGAAAUCAGUACCUUGGGAGCAGACCAUUCUGAAUAAAGUUGGGAAAAGAAAAGCUUUGCAUUGCAAA